AAGAAGUGGAGGGCGGCCUUCAACGGAUACAGCACAUCUUGUCAAGUUAUUUUAGCUAUAACGAAAAAUCUGUUUCCCUCCGUCUUGGAAACGUACGCGAGGUUUGUUUGGAAUACAGAUCCAUUCAUGUUCUGACUAAGGAGGGGGCAAAAAACACGCAAACAUGUCUGGAGCGUGUCAGGACAGAAGAAGUCGCUGGCAGGAGAUUCAGAAAGGCCUACAGUUCAUCCAAUCAACUCUUCCAUUUCCAGGGAGUCAAGAUCAGUAUGAGGUGUUUAUAAAGGAUCUUGUGUGGAAUCUUUUCGGAGAAGGAAACGAUGUGUUCAAAGAAGGCGACUGGACAAAAUCCAUCGAGAUGUACACUGAAGCCUUGAGUAUAGCUGACUACGCUGACUCCGAAGACAUCUGUGUUCCAACAGGUUUACUGGAAAAGCUGUAUGCAAAUCGAGCUGCUGCCUACCUUAACAUUGUUCCAGGACUGUAUGACCAAGCAUUAGAAGACUGUGAAAAAGCUCUCCAGCUGAACGAGGGAAACUAUAAAGCUCUGUACAGGAAAGCAAAGUCCUUGAAGGAGAUGGGGAGACAUCAAGAAGCCUAUGAGGCUGUUGCCAAAUGCUCUCUAGCAGUGCCUCAGGAUGCCAGUGUCACACAACUGACCCAGGACCUUGCCAAAAUUUUGGGAUUGAAAAUCCGUAAAGCCUAUGUAAGGAGUAAGCCUGCCUUGAAUGUUUUGAGAGGAUCAAAUUAUCAAGAUGCAUCAUGUGAUAAGUUUUCCCAUGGCUCAUCUUCAGUUGAAGAUAUAGAAAUUGAAGUGCCUCCGCUGACAGAGAACUGCAGCGCCGUAACUCCAGUCCCAGCCCCAAUCCAAGCUCCCGCCACAAUCCACUUGCCUCUGAAUGAAGCCGUGCUGGAUGAACUUCCUGCCAUCAACAGUAUCUCCUCUGUGACCCCGUCUGAGCCUCCGGGCUUCGAGUCCAUGUCCCUGCCCGUUUCUGUACCCUCGUCCGUCCCGCUUGCUGUGCCCACAUUUGUUAACGGGUGCAGAACCAGUAAGCCUUGCUCGAUGCUGGAAACCAGUCAGGACUUUGACACGGACAUUAUCGGGGAUGACUUGGACGAUCUGCUGGACCAAGCUGGUCCUGAAUCAGCUAUGGUUAUCCCCACAGUCAAGGGGCCUCUUCCUUUGCCAACCAGUAUUGCCUCGGGCAGCACCAUGUCCAGUCCGUUCCUGAUGCCAUCUCACAUCAACCCUUUUCCUUUCAGCAGCACACAGCAGUGCACUGUCACCCUUCCCCCGCUCUAUCACAAGUCAGGGACCAGUACUUAUUUUGGCAUGGACACUUUUGAUGCCCUCACACCACCACUGGACUCCCUGGAUAGUCUUAGCAUAACAGACUUUAAAACAGAUUAUGCCUCAAACCCAUUCAUACCACAGUUGAAUAAUAAUGCCACCCCUAUGGGAAUGGCUGUGGGCAUGCCUGAAGUAAAGGGUCUACCUCCUGCUGUGGAUUUAGCCAAGAACCCUUUAGCAGAGACUCAUGAAUUCAGACAGGCGUGCUCAAUCUGCUAUGUUAAAACUGGACCCGGUGUGUUGGAUUAUGCACUUCAUACAGAAGAGCAUAAAUGUAAAAAGGACGCUUUACUUGGCAGAAUCAAACAUUCGCCAGACAAAUCUUGGAAACUCAUUCGCCCCAGGCCAACAAAAACCCAAUAUGUUGGACCCUAUUACAUAUGCAAAGAGGUGGCUGUUGGAAAAGAGUGCCUGUACCCUGGUCACUGCACAUUUGCAUACUGUCAGGAAGAGAUUGAUGUGUGGACUCUGGAGCGGAAAGGGUUUAUCUCCAGAGAGCUCCUCUUUGAUCCUUAUGGACCACACUCACAUGUCAGAUUGACCGUCCCCAAGAUCUUACAGGAGCAUCAUGGGAUAUUCAUGUUUCUCUGUGGAGUGUGCUUUGACCAUAAGCCCAGAAUAAUCAGCAAAACCAACAAAGAUGACCCCACACUCUGCUCUCAUCCAGUGACAAAGCACAACUUUGAGGAGCAUAAGUGCCUGGUCCACAUUUUGAAGGAGAACACGGUUCGAUAUUCUAAAAUCAGACCAUUGAGUCAUCAGUGCCAGCUGGAUCUUUGUCGCCAUGAAGUCCGUUAUGGCUGUGUGAGAGAGGACGACUGCUUCUACGCGCAUAGCCUCAUUGAGCUGAAGGUGUGGAUGAUGCAGCAUGAGCUCGGUAUCACCCAUGAAGGUAUUGUCCAGGAGGCAAAUGCAGCUGCUUCAUUUCAUGGCACACAGCAGCUUUCAACUACACAAAGGAGAUUUGGGCCUCCAACUCUGAAGAUGAUGUUUGUGUGCAGCCAAUGCUGGAGAAACGGCCAACUCAGUGAAGCUGACAAAAACAAGAAGUAUUGCACAGCCAAGGCUAGACACACGUGGGCGAAAGACAGGCGGGUGGUGCUUGUUAGUUCCCAUGAAAGGAAAAAGUGGACAACAGUUCGACCACUUCCAACCAAAAAACCCAUCCCGUCUCAAUUUGAGAUUUGCAUGCAUGUGACAGCUGGCAAGAAGUGUCAGUACAUCGGGAAUUGCACAUUUGCUCACAGUGCUGAAGAAAGAGACCUUUGGACUUACAUGAAGGAAAACAACAUUCCAGAUAUGGAACAGCUUUAUGAGCAGUGGCUGCAGUCUCAGAAACCUGGCUGGGGGGAUGAGGCCUCCAAUAACUCUGUGAGGGAGAAUGGCAAACAGAUCCACAUGCCAACAGACUAUGCUGAAGAGGUGGCUGGCAAUCACUGUUGGCUGUGUGGUAAAAACUGCAACAGUGAGAAGCAGUGGCAGCAGCAUAUCACUUCAGAAAAACACAAAGACCGAGUGUUUAACUCUGAGGACGAUCAGAACUGCUGGCAGUAUCGAUUUCCCACGGGCACUUUCAAAGUUUGUGAGAGGUUCCUCAAAGGCACAUGCACAGAGGAUGACUUGUGUAAACUGGCACACGGGGAGCAGGAACUAAAAGAGUGGAUGGAGCGCAGGGAAUUCCUUUUGAUGAAACUUGCCAAAGCCAGAAAAGACCAUCUUAUAGCACCAAAUGACAAUGACUUUGGAAAAUACAGUUUUCUCCUUAAACCCAUUAUAUAAAUCACAUGAUGGCAAUAUUCAUGCUCUCUUGCAAAUAAUGCAGUAUUCAAACAGUGUUGAGUCAGGUGAUCCUUGAAGGGCCUCUGAGGUGCACAGGACAUAGCCUGAUCCUGGCAUGAUUUAACAGAGGGGUUCAGGGCCGGCCCUCUGAUUGGUGGCUGGUUUACUUUGAUCAAGGAGUGUUAUCGCUAACAGCAACAACUGAGUGAGAGACACUUAAAGCUUUUGCUUUGCACCAUUCAGUAGACUAUCUGAGGAUGGUGGUAAAAACAGCAUGUGUAAACCAUGUUCAGAUACUCACAGUUGACCUAAAAAAAAAGUAAUUUCUUUUCAUAAGCAGUUUGUAUGUUAAUGAUCUUUACCCUUCAAUAAGUUUAAGUAUGGAAUACUUAAAUUGAGAGUUCAGUUGACAUUCUCACUUUUCCAUUUAUCUAAUAGUGUUACCAGUGUAAUGGGCACCACACCAAAUAAAGCCUCUUUUUUAAUCUGUG